AUGGCUGCCAACACCAAAAGAUUACUUCUAAGUGACCUAGUUUCAUCCGAUAAGAUCGAUCAAGUCCCCUCUCACUACAUCCGUCCAAUCUCCCAACGCCCCAAUCUCCAAAACGUUUACCAUAAUGAUCAUACCAUCCCUCUCAUUGAUCUCCACGAUCUUUAUACUCCCAAUCGCUCUCAUGUCGUCCAUCAAAUUGGUCGAGCCUGCCGCGACUAUGGCUUCUUUCAGGUCAAGAACCACGGGGUACCGGAAUCCACCGUAGCCAACAUGAUGAAUAUCGCAAGAGAAUUCUUCAAGUUGCCAGAAGAAGAGAGGCUCAAGACAUACUCCGACGACCCUACAAAGACAACAAGACUAUCCACUAGCUUUAACAUCCGUACAGAAAAGGUUGCUAACUGGAGAGACUUCUUGAGACUCCAUUGUCACCCGCUACAGGACUACAUCCACGAAUGGCCCACCAACCCGGAGUCUUUCCGCGACCAUGUGGCGGAGUAUUGCCGGAGUGCAAGAGGGCUAGCACUCGUACUUGUUGAGGCUAUUUCGGAAAGCUUGGGGCUUGAAAGAGAUUAUAUCAACAGACAAUUGGGGAACCAUGGACAACACAUGGCUUUGAAUUACUACCCACCAUGCCCACAACCAGAUUUGACUUAUGGUUUGCCUGGACAUACUGAUCUUAAUCUCAUCACCAUUCUUCUUCAAGAUGAGGUCCCUGGUCUCCAGGUUUUGCGAAAUGGUCACUGGGUUGCUGUUGAUCCUGUUCCUAAUACGUUCAUCAUUAAUAUUGGUGAUCAAAUUCAGGUGCUGAGUAAUGAUAGAUACAAGAGUGUUCUUCAUCGAGCUGUGGUGAACUGUGAGAAAGAACGGAUAUCUAUACCAACGUUUUACUGCCCGUCUCGUGAUGCAGUGAUAGGUCCUGCUUCAGAAUUGGUAAGUGAUGAUGAACCUGCUGUUUAUCGGCAGUUCACAUAUGGGGAAUACUAUGAUAAGUUUUGGAAUCGAGGGCUUGCAACUGAGAAUUGUUUGGAUAUGUUCACCCUGACCUCCUCAUCCAGUUGA